CUCACUGUCAACCUGUGGCACAGCAGGAGAAGUUGGGGUCACCAGAGGUCACACGGUUGAUGAGGAUCCCAAGACAAAGCACAUCGUGGCCAAACAGAGGGCAGCUCCUGCCACUAUAGACAGCUGUGUUAUGGAAACAACAGAGAUGGAAUGUGAAGACGGUCCAGAUGAGGAUGUGGACAAUGACUGGGGGGCAUCCAGUCCCACACAGUCAACAAUGACCAGCAGCCCAAAGAAGAGUCUUCUGGUGAAGUAUAUGGAAAGGGAGGUAAUAUGGGCAAAGUUCAAUCGCAGACCAUGGUGGCCUUGUCAGGUGAUUCUGAACCCAACACAGGGAGUGUACCACAGAAUAAAAGAGUCAAGCGACAGACCUUGUCGUCAGUACUUUGUCCGCACAUUUGGGGAGCCCGUGGAGAUGGCCUGGGUGCCUGGGAAGGCCACACACACUUUUGAGGGCGGUCACGAGUUUGAGCAUCUACCUGUGCUAAGGAGGAGAGGCAGACAAAGAGACAAAAACUACAAAUACACUAUACCCAAGAGGUUUCUCGAGCCCUGGAAGACCAGCGUGGCAGAAGCUGAAGCCAUAUUCGCGGGCCAGCCGAAAAAGUCCAUGUGUGAAUCUGAUGUUUCAGAUGAGACUUUCAGUAGCACUAUUCCAGGAGACAAGAUCUCAACAACUCCCAUGUGCCAGUCAUCCUCUGGCGGUGUCCAUUCAGAGAAGCCAGAUGGAAUUGGAGAUAAUCCUUAUUUGGAUAUUGACUCGGUACCAAGGAUUUUGUGUCCUAAAGCCAAUGAACGGCCAUCUAAAACACAAUCAGCUCAGCCAUCAAUUAUAAAGAAGGAGGAGAGGGUCCCGGGUGAGAAGGGUGGUCUUUGGUUCAGCAGACCAGGGAAGGGGCAUUCGCUUGGAGGCACCAGCCGUCCAGGCAUAAAACUCGUCCGAAGCUCCUUUGUGAAGGGAGUCUGCAGGAAGAAGACGUUUGAAGGGCCGAGCACAAAAUGGAGGGGAAACAAAACACCAGGUCUGGAACAUCUCUCUGAUGAGUCCAUGCAGGCCCUAAAGGGUCGACUGAAGUGCCUCCCGGCAAGUAGUCGCCUAAUGAUUAAAGCACUCAAAGCCCUGGAGGAAGAUAAAGCUGUUUCAACAUCUCUUUCUGGCCACACAAGCCCCACGCCCAUAAAGAGUGAAGGGGGAAAGCUCUGUACCAAACUCACUCCAAAAGAAAUGGCAGCAGCAGAACCUGAUUGCAAAUCCCAGAAUGCCACCUCUCUGACUACAAACAAAGACCAAGUAGAACCCCUGUCUCCAGAGGAUAGUGAGGGUGCAAUCAAAUCUGAAGAUGAAGCUUCACUGAUAACCACAAAACCAGUUGCCAUCUCCUCCCCACCCAAUUCUGUGAAGACAGAAGGAGAGGUGUGUGAGGAACCUCCAGUUGCCUCUCCACAGCCAUUAGUCUUAAUGGUUGAUGAUCUUGCUGACAUGAAAGAAGUCACAUUCAAAUCGUUAACAGAUGAGGACAGUGGCCAGCCUGUGUCUUUUCAACCAGACACAAACUACAAGUUUAGCACUUUCUUAAUGCUUCUCAAGGACAUGCAUGACACUCGGGAAAUACAAGGUAAACCUCUUCUCUUGGAGCCUGACAGCCCAAGUGCACUCAUCAAAGAGGAACCAUCCCUGCUUCCAGAAGAGGACCUACUGACCUGUCUAGCGAAGGCCUCCCAAGCCAGGGGCAAAAGUUGUCCAAAAAGGAAGACAAAGCAGCCAAAAACAAAGCAAAAAUCAGGGUCCCGACAGAGAGCAGAAAAGCCGCAACAUAGUCCGACCAGCAGCCUGUAUAAGUACUCUUAUACAAAUGUGAAUCAAAGAGGGCCAAAGAGUGGACUACUUGGAGCAAAGAGCAGCCCAGGAUUCCUUGAUGUGCCUUUUGAGUGUGCUUCUGGUGGAGUUCCUCUGGAUGGGCACAUACAGGAGCGGUCUCUGCUGGCAGAGGAUGCUACUGGGGUACAUUUCUUGGACAGCGCCCCGAAAAAGCGCUGGCAGAAAUUUGAACAGGACAGCAGAGAGACGGACAACAGUGGUCAUGAGAAAGAACGACCACUAAACACCUCCUUCAAGGGUGAUGGAGUCUCUGUGCCAAAGAAUGGUCUAGACCAAGGCAGAGCUUCCAGCUCAAAUGAAGGUACAUCAGUUAGUCAGACUAACUCCACAGAAGCACAUACACAAUCCAAACGCCUUAGAAAACCCAGCAAAAGACUUAUUGAAUGGACAGAGGAAUAUGAUCAGAUAUUUUCCACAAGGAAGAAAGCAAAGAAAAAAAUUGAGUCAUCUGCAAAGGCAGCUCAGUCGGGUAUCAUAAAUCAAGAAGGGUUUGCACCAGACAAAGAAAUGGAAGGAAUCUCAAGGUCACUUCCUGAAAUGCAAACCCCACCCCCAGAAGAUUUGAAGACCAAUGAAGAAAUCGCACCACCAAUCACAGAGAACCCUACAUGCCAGGCCUUACCAAUCAGCACGCUAACUCCACCUCCAGAGGUUGGUUGUGAUGAAGGAUCUGUACUGAAUCAAGAGCAAAUUGAGUCUGUUGAUGGGCAACUCUUGAACAGAAAGCGACAAAGGAGGCCCACCCUGAAGCUUCUGGAAAGUUCAAUAGAGGCAGAGCCCAUUUUAACGCUAAAGAGAAAGGUGAAAGCACUGAAAAGUAGUUCUGGUCAUAACAUCAUCUCAGACUCAGAGAUUUCAGGCAAAAUGAAAGGAAAGACAGCAAUGUUACCAGGACUUACCGACUCCCCAGCCCUUUUAAAUUUGGAAAAAGAACCAGACUGUUCACCUGCUGCCUCCGAAAGUGGUAGCUUAAUUGACUUCCAUGAAGAAGAUGUGGAUGAUUUUAACUCAGAGGUGAUUUCAGCCACCACUGACUCUUCUAUGGUGUCGACUGGGCCUUUUGCUACUGCGGAGAGUCCUGCUCUUCAUAAGAGGUAUUUUGAAGAGAGAAGUGACACUGCUAUGCUGCGAGAGAAUGUUUGUCAGGUGUGUGAGAACCCUGGGGAUCUGAUCAUGUGCGAGGGACAGUGUUACGGAUCCUUCCAUCCACGCUGUGUCGGUCUCUCAGAGCCUCUGCAGAGGAAGUUUGUCUGUCAGGAGUGUAGUUCUGGUGUGCACCCCUGUUUUGUGUGCAGGAAGUCGGGGGAUGCGGCGCAGCGCUGUGUGGUUCCGACGUGCGGCAAGUUCUACCACGAGAAGUGCAUCAUCGAGCACUCCCCCACCGUGCCGCUGGCCUGCGGGUUCCGCUGCUCUCUGCACGUCUGCCUCUCCUGCUUCAUCACCAACCCCACCAGCACCUCAGCGUCCAGCGGUCACUUGACCCGCUGUGUGAGGUGCCCAGUUGCUUAUCACGCCAACGACUCCUGCAUGGCAGCUGGCAGCAUCCCCUUGACGGCCAACAGCUUCCUGUGCCCCAACCACUUUGUGCCCCGCAAGGGCUGCCGCAACCACGAGCACGUCAACGUCAGCUGGUGCUUUGUCUGCUCCGAGGGGGGCAGUCUUCUGUGCUGUGAGUCAUGCCCUGCAGCUUUCCACAGAGAAUGCUUGAACAUCAGCAUGCCAGAGGGAAGCUGGUUCUGCAAUGACUGCCGUGCUGGGAAGCGACCUCACUACCAGGAGGUGGUCUGGGUCAAAGUAGGCAGAUACAGGUGGUGGCCGGCUGAGGUCAGUCAUCCCAGAGACAUCCCAGACAACAUUCUACGGAUGAGGCACGACCUGGGGGAGUUCCCCGUGCACUUCUUCGGCUCCAACGACUACCUGUGGACCUACCAGGCCAGAGUGUUUCCGUACAUGGAGGCAGAUGCCAACGGCAAGGAAAAGAUGGGGAAAGGUGUCGACUCCACUUACAAAAAAGCUCUUGAGGAAGCUGCCAAACGGUUUCAGGAACUGCAGGCGGAGAAGGAGCUUAGGCAACUUCAGGAAGACAGGCGCAAUGACAAGAAGCCACCACCCUACAGGCAUAUAAAGGUAAACAGGCCCAUAGGCAAAGUCCAGAUCAUCACUGCUGACCUCUCAGAGAUCCCCCGGUGCAACUGCAAGGCGUCCGACGAGAACCCGUGUGGCAUCGACUCGGAGUGCAUCAACCGCAUGCUGCUGUACGAGUGCCACCCGCAGGUGUGCCCGGCGGGCGAACGCUGCCAGAACCAGAGCUUCACCAAGCGCCAGUACUCCCAGGUGGAGAUCUUCCGCACGCUCACGCGAGGCUGGGGACUCCGCUGCUGCUUGGACAUUAAAAAGGGGGCAUUUGUGAGUGAGUAUGUUGGAGAAGUGAUUGAUGAGGAAGAGUGUCGGGCUCGAAUAAAACAUGCACAGGAAAACGACAUCGGCAACUUCUACAUGCUGACACUGGAUAAGGACCGAAUCAUUGAUGCAGGGCCCAAGGGAAAUGAGGCUCGUUUUAUGAACCACUGCUGCCAGCCGAACUGUGAGACCCAGAAGUGGACGGUGAAUGGAGACACCCGUGUGGGACUGUUUGCUCUGAAAGACGUAACAGCUGGCACAGAGCUCACAUUCAACUACAACCUCGAGUGCCUGGGCAACGGGAAGACUGUGUGCAAAUGUGGGGCAUCCAACUGUAGUGGCUUCCUCGGCGUCAGGCCAAAGAACCAGCCCCGUGACGAGGACAAGGCGCGCAGGCAGAAGCGAAAGGUUCAGCUGAAGCGCAAGCCGGCCAAGGUGGAGGUGACCAGAGAGCGGGAGGACGAGUGUUUCAGCUGCGGGGACUCCGGCCAGCUGGUGUCCUGCAAGAGGCCAGGCUGUCCGAAGGUGUACCACGCAGACUGCCUCAGCCUCACCAAAAGACCCGCAGGUCGUUGGGAGUGCCCGUGGCACCAGUGCGACUUGUGCGGUCAGGAAGCGGCCUCCUUCUGCGAGAUGUGCCCCAGCUCCUUCUGCGCCCAGCACCGCGACGGCACGCUCUUCAUCUCCAAGCUGGACGGCCGCCUGUCCUGCAGCGAGCACGACCCGUGCGGCCCCGAGCCGCUGGAGCCCGGCGAGAUCCGUGAGUACCAGCCUGCUCCCUCCUCCCCCGGCCCCCCGUCCUCCCCGUUCCCCCGCAACGCCGACACCGCCACCGACACCGAGGCCACUUCGCCACCGGCGAGCAAGCCGCCGCUGCCGCCGGGCCCGCCGGCAGACUCCUCUCCGGACUCCCCCUCGCCCGCAUGCCAUCCUGCCGCUCCGCCCGAACCCUCCGGAGACACGCACAGCCGCCACGGCGAGCCGCACACUCCGGGCACGUCCGGCGACGAGCCGACGAGAGACACGGAAGAGCCGCCGGAGGGAGAAGAGAAGGGCCCUGCUCAAAGCAGAGGAGGGGAGCCAGACACGGCGCUGGGGGAAUCCGAGGAACCAUAA